GAGAGAGGGAGAGAGAGGGAGAGAGAGAGGAAGGGAAAGAGAGACAGCAGUGUGUUCCUUGUGUUCUGUGCAGAUGAGUGGAAGUUAAGGACGUCUCCCUCUAAAUCAAAAUGUCACUCUGAUUGAGCAUUUAACAGCGAGCAACUGGAGGAUCAUUUGGACAGAGACACUUGCAGGGGAUGCAGACACAUGCUGGGACACACGGACCAAACUUAAACUGCACUUAAACUUCAAUCUUAACUACACCGGGACACAAAAUGAGACUGUCAUCCAUCAUCAUAUGACAGCAACAGGAGACGCACUUGAGAACGGACACCAAGAAAGCGGGACAGAAUAGCGGAUUGGUGAUGACUUUCAUUUCAGGGACGACAGCAUCCAACCUGCCAGGAGAGAGUAUUAAAGGAUAGAGAAGAGAGAAAGAGAGAAAAAGCCUGGCAACUUCAGCACACUAUCCUGCACAGGGACACAUCUCAGAGAGUCAUGACUGUCGUCACUUUGAAGCGCUUUCUUCUGGCCCUGCUGACCAUCACCCUAUCCAGACCCGACUCUGCUUCACUUGGGUUCGCUGAGGAGUUCGAAAGCCGAGAUGAUGUACUUGAAAGCGAGUUCAUGUAUGCUGGACGAUCCAAACGCUCCCCUGACCCUCCCAGUGCCUCUGACGAGGACAAAUGUUCCUACACCUUCAUCGUGCCUCAGCGGAAGACCACGGGUGCCAUCUGUGUGAACUCGAAAGAGCCAGAAGCCCUGCUGGAGAACCGCGUGAACAAGCAGGAGCUGGAGUUGCUGAACGGAGAGCUGCACAAGCAGCGGCGUCAGAUCGAGACGCUGCAGCAGCUGGUGGAGGUGGACGGCGGAGUGGUGAACGAAGUCAAGCUCCUUCGCAAGGAGUCGCGCAACAUGAACGCCCGAGUUACGCAGCUCUACAUGCAGCUGCUGCAUGAGAUCAUACGCAAGAGAGACAAUGCUCUUGAGGUUUCUCAGCUGGAGAACCGUGUGCUGAAUCACACGUCAGAGAUGCAGCAGCUAACCGCACGCUAUCGGGAUCUGGAGCACAAAUACCAGCACUUGGCAUCGCUUGCCAGCAAUCAGAGCGCGAUCAUAGUGCAGCUAGAAGAGCAGUGUAGAAGAGGAGGUUUUGUUGGUGGUGGUGUUGGUGGAGCCGGUGUUGUACGACAAGCACGACCUUACCAGCCUCCUGCAAUCCUACCACAGGCAGCACAGACGCCUCAACAUCGCCAACCACCUCCACCUCCGGUCCAGCACACCCCCGUCAGGCCUUUCCACCCUCCGACCUACAGCCGCCACAACAACCAGAUCACCAAUGAGAUCCAGAGUGACCAAAACUCCAAAGCAAUGCCACCAACUUUACCGACCAUGGCCUCUGAAACACACAGUUUCUCAACAGAUAAACCCUCAGGACCGUUCAAAGACUGCUUACAGGCUCUAGAGGAAGGACAUACCAACAGCAACAUGUAUCUACUGAAGCCGGAAAAUACCAACAAACUGAUGCAGGUCUGGUGUGACCAGAGACACGACCCCGGCGGCUGGACCGUCAUACAAAGACGCAUGGACGGAUCGGUUAACUUCUUUCGCAACUGGGAGACAUAUAAGCAAGGAUUUGGGAACAUCGAUGGUGAAUACUGGCUUGGCUUGGAGAACAUCUACUGGCUGACCAACCAAGGCAACUAUAAGCUGCUGGUAACACUCGAGGACUGGUCAGGCAGAAAGACGUUUGCAGAAUACGCCAGUUUCCGUUUGGAGCCAGAGGCGGACUUCUACAAGCUGAGGGUGGGCCGUUACCAUGGCAACGCCGGAGAUUCGCUCACCUGGCACAACGGGAAACAGUUUACCACCCUAGACAGAGAUCACGACGCAUACACAGGAAAUUGUGCCCACUAUCAGAAGGGUGGUUGGUGGUACAACGCCUGCGCCCACUCGAACCUGAAUGGUGUAUGGUACCGUGGUGGGCAUUACCGCAGCCGCUACCAAGAUGGAGUUUACUGGGCCGAGUUCCGCGGUGGGUCGUAUUCCUUGAAGAAGGUCACUAUGAUGAUCCGGCCAAAUCCCAACACUUUCCAUUAGAAACAUCAUGUGAAGGAAAACGCAAAUCUAACAUGGCAUAACUCAAAAGACACUGCAAUGUUAAUGUUUUUUUUUUUUUUGUAAUUAUUGAUUGUUUACUUCGUUUAUGAGUCUUAAUAUGCAGUCAUACAUAUCCAAAAUCCAAAAACAUGACUUCAUGAAGGAGACACGACUUUUUGGGUUUCCUGGAGCGACAGGUCCCAAUGGUGUCCAGGCUUUGUGGACACCGAAGAGCAAGUGAAAAUGCUACAAAAACUUUACAAUCUUCAGUCAGACAAACCUGGCAACAUGACCUGAAGUUGGACAGCAUUGUGUGCGUCAUUACAAGUGCACUUAAAAUGGGGAUAUAGUCAGUACGUUUACGUGGCCUGAUCUUAACGGGCAUCUGUAACCUCAUUCUCACUGUAAGAAGUCAAACCUUGAAGAAAAGAACUGUUAUUUUGAGUUUACAUUAGUGCUAUAAAACACAAUCUGUUAUGUACUAACGGAGGCAUCUGAAGAGUUCAAAUCAGUCAGUUCUCAUAGCAUUUGAUCUGUUUUGACAUCCAAUAAAGGGUACGUUGCAAUUGUGCCCUGUGAAGUGGACUACACAGGAUUUUUAUAUGCCUAAAAGGGAUUUUUCAUGCAAAACUUUUAGAGGUAAAUUUAGCCUAGUCAUUGUGUAUGCACCUACUUACUAUCUAGAGAGAUGAGAAUUGGUUAAAUUCUGAAAACUCUGAAAACUUCAACGUCUCAGCUAAAUUUAGUAGCACAAAUGCAAAGUCUCUUCAUCAUUUGAUCUGUUUAUAGCAUUGACUUCCAAUAAAGGGUACAUUGCAAUUGUGCCCUGCGAAGUGGACUACACAGGGACAUCUUUUGGACAUCUUACAGGGAUUUUUCCUGUUAAAAGCUCAACAUUUAGAAGUAAAUUUAGCCUAGUCAUUGUGUAUGCACCUAUUUACUAGCUAAAUUGUAAAUAAAGAGAUGUGAAUUGGCUAAACUAGCAUUUAAAUCCAAAAAGCGAAGCAUCUGAAUACUUCAAUGACUAGGCUAAUUUUAGUAGCACAAAUUCAAAGCCUAUUCAUCAUUUGAUCUUUUUUAUAUCAUUGACUUUUAUUGAUGGGUACCGUUGCAAUUGUGCCCUGCGAAGUGGACUAUUUUUUGACUUCUUAAAGGGAUUUUUCAGGUAACAAUAAAAAUUCUGUCAACAUUUAAAGGUAAAUUUAGCCUAGUCAUUGUGUAUGCACCUAUUUACUAGCUAAACUGUAAAUAAAGAGACGUGAAUUUGUUUAAUUAAGACAUCUAAACCAUAAACACAAAGCCUCUGCAAACAUCACAAAACAUAUCUGUCUUGUAUAUUACUGACUAUUUUAAUGUAACAGCAUCCAUAUGUUCAUGAAUGAUUUCACUCAUUUGAGUCCUGUUUGGAAACCAUCUGUAUAUAGAAAAUAUGGCCCUGUUUACACCUUGUAUUAAAAUGUGUUUUGGUCGAUCGGAUCACAAGGGAGACACAUUCCCGUUUACACCUGGUGUUUUAACCUGUCUCUUUUGUCCACUUUCGACCACUUCUGUAAUGAUUACUUCAAGAGGAGGGUCUAUGGGUGGAUAAAUAUAUUUGCUUUUUCAGGUCUUUCAAUCUAAUGAACAAAAUAAGCUCACAGAAUUUACAUAUAAAUGCAACUGGAGAUGAUGGAAAAACAUACGGAGGGCAUCAGCUUUCGUUUCUGCUCUGACAGCCGCAAGACCACGCCGAACGCAGUGAGUGUGUGUUAGAAAUCAUGGGGAGAGAACAUUGUGCUUGAUACGUUUUUUGUCUUCAAACCAAACUUAGGUCUUCAGCUGACAAAGUUUAAAUCUCGUCUGGCUUCCCAUAAUGUUUACGCAUUAGGUCAGUAGGUGGAGAGUAGGAGGUCUUUUGUGGCUGUUUGAACACAUUCAACCACGUGAGCAUCUACACUACAAAAGCAAUCCAGUCAAAUGUGUUUUCGACUACCUCUGAAAGUGGUUGAAAGUGGACAAGCUCACAAUGUUUUAGACCCCGUUUACACCACUAUUUAGCGUCGCCCACUUCUGAUCUGAUCGACCAAAACGCAUCUUAAUACCAAGUGUAAAAAGGGCCUGCGAGUGAGUGUGUUUUUGAAACGCAAAGUAUGGUUGUGUUUUGUACUUACAUAAUGCUCCAAUAAAUUAUGUACAGCUA